AUGACCGCGUCUUCAGAAACCCAGUCCGCUCUGGCGGAAUCUCCACAGAGCAUAGUAUUACAUGUGCUAUGUCCAUCUUUACCUCCUCCUAACCGAUUCACUCUCCACGACAUCUCUCCAUCCACCACCAUCUCCACUCUCAAAGCUCGAAUCGCCCAGACCAUUCCGAGUGAACCAUCCCCUGAAACUCAGAGGCUGAUAUACCGGGGGAAGCCCCUUACGAACGACGCCGUGGCGCUAAAUGAUGUGUUAGAGUCAUCAAAUGAUACCGAGUAUUCCAUCCACCUCGUCCUUCCUCCUGCCCCAGUUCCCCAUGCUUCAACUUCUGCCAGAGCUCCUGCUCCAAUGCCGCGGGGAGCUUCAGGUAACCCCGCGCCUCAGAGUCCAUUCUCAUCGAACCGAUUCACGCCGCAACACCUGCCUCACGGACAAGAGAUCAGGUAUCGAGGUCCCGCAUUGCCCGCUGUUCCCCAUGAGGCAGAGAUCGGACUCGCCUUGAGGCGGAAUAUCGAGGCUAUUCGUCGACAGAUUGAUAUGCAGGAACGGGGCGGGCCGUUGGGAGGCGUCGCGGCAGGCACCGCGGGGGCUACUUCCCACUCGACCACAUCCACGACUACGACAGCUUCGUUCGCUCAGCAACCUGCAUGGCCACACGUAACACCUGGUCUAUCGCACCCAGGACAUUCGUCCAUCUCAUCUGAUUUCACAAUGGCUUCCGGCUCAUCGGGAACAGCCAAUGUCCAUAGCAACCUCCCCGAAGAAGUCCGAUUGCGCCUACAAAUACUCAGAAAUCAGAUUGCGUUUGGCGAAGAGCAACUGAACCGGGGGGUUGCGCCCCCAAUGGACCAUAUAAUUCGCAUACGUACACAAUUGUUCGCUUUGCUCGACGACCAAUAUCAGAACCCACAUGCUGAGCGCGACGGCUCGAUUGAAUCUUUGCUCACUCGCGUCUUUAAUAUCUAUACCCGCGCUGAUCAGCUCCGCGUCUCACAAGCUAGAACCAUGCCCACACCUGUUCUAUCUGGACCUCCCAAUCCCGCACCAGGGCAGGCUCCUCUGUACCUUCUCUCGUCACCAAACGGCUAUCAAGCCCUGGUUGCAUCUCCCCGCGGUGCAGAAACGAUGCAGUCUUCUCUCGAUACACUCCGAGCCAUGCACUCCCCGACCGGAGCCUCUGCGCCUCGUACAGGUGCUCCACCGGAGAUUCACAAUGCGAACGCAGUUGUCAUGGAGAACAUUGUCCGACAGGCCGUACUCAACCAACGCAUCGAAAACAACGGGCAAUUGAGCUUCACACGCAAUCUCCGACGCAUGUGGCUAUUUGUGCGCUUGUAUUUCUUCUGCUACAUGUUCAGCGAACCGGGCACAUGGUCUCGCGUGGUGUAUGUAACCCUAGCCGUCCUUGUCUCACUCCUGUCAGAAACCGGGAUCCCACAGCAGUUGUACCGAAUGCUUGUGGCGCCAGUGCAACGACACCUGGAAGGACUGGUUCAUUUCGCUCCGGACGAACCGACUCCAGCACCACCUGGCACGCAGUCAACUGGGCAAGGGAACGUUCCCACUGCUCAGCCAACCGGAAUGCGACACCAGCUGCGCCGCGUAGAACGGUCCUUGGCGCUUUUCAUUGCAAGCUUGGUUCCGGGCGUGGGCGAGAGACACGUGGAAGUGCGCAAUGCCGCAGAAGCGGCCCGGAACGCAGAGCGUGCAAGAGAGGAAGAAGAGCGACGUCGACAGGAGGAAGAGGCCACCAACGCAGGCACGACUGGUGAGGCUCAGGCACAGGCACAGGAGAGCAGCGAGAACGAACAGAGAGAAACGGGUGAGAAUGCACCCAACACGAUACCCCAAACUGAGAAUUAG